UUGAAGAAUGCUAUCUCACCCGACUAUUGGAAAAUCAUGUAGGAGAGUUUGUGCACUCUUGUGCAGAAAAGGGACGUGGAUAGAGCUGAAAAAUGCCCAUUGGUCACAAUUUCUCAACUGUGACCAUCAUGCUUCAGAUAUGUGUGAUGUUGUGUUUGCUGUCUGUCGUCUUCUCCCAAACACAUUCCCUGCCCAAGAAAGGCCGCAACAUCACCAUCCACUCCUCACAGCUGGUCUGCAGUCUGCCAGGCCCAGCAGGGCCUGCUGGGAACCCUGGAGCUCCUGGAUCUCCAGGGGCCAUGGGCCCUAUGGGGCCCCCAGGGAGGGACGGCCCGGAUGGAAAAGAUGGAGAGAAGGGUUCAAAGGGAGCAGCAGGUGAUCCGGGGAGGACAGGGAACCCAGGCAAGCCAGGCGUGAAAGGGCGUGAAGGUGUCAUCGGCAAGGCUGGACCUCGAGGACUGAAGGGGCUGCGAGGAAUACCAGGGGUGGCUGGAAAACGAGGUGAAAAGGGAGAGCCGGGUGACGUUGGUCAGCAAGGAGCUCCAGGAGGGUGUAGCUGUGGCAGUGCGGCCCGAUCCGCCUUCUCUGUGGCGGUGACAAAGAGCUACCCUAAAGAGAGACUGCCCAUCCGCUUCAGCCGGAUUCUGCUGAAUGAGGGGGAUCACUACAACGCCAGCAGUGGGAAGUUUGUCUGUGCUAUUCCCGGGGUCUAUUAUUUCACAUAUGACAUCACUUUGGCAAAUAAGCACCUUGCCAUUGGGCUGGUCCACAAUGGACAGUACAAGAUCAAGACAUUUGAUGCAAACACAGGGAACCAUGAUGUGGCGUCUGGGUCCACUGUUCUGCACUUGCAGCAGUCUGACCAGGUGUGGCUGCAGAUCUUCUACUCCGAGCAGAACGGACUCUUCUUUGACCCUUUCUGGACAGACAGCACCUUCACUGGCUUUCUUAUCUAUGCUGACCAGGACUAUCUCAUGGAGGCUGAUAGAAAAGCUAACGCUCAGGAUGACAGUCAAUCCUGAGAAAGCUUUAUUUUAUUUUAAUAAUUGGCUUAAUUUUGUAUCAAAAUAUUAUGGAAACUGAAGGAGAUCAUUCCACAAUGAUAGACGUCUUUGACUUUUAACACUCUCUGACACCAGGGGGCACACAAGGACAGAAAAGUCAACAAUAGUUAGGGAGCCAACAGAGGAAAAGCCCUCUGUUUUAGCUGCAGUAACCUUUAUGGUGCUAUGAUUCUGACAAACGUUUUUUUAAUUUUUCCAAUAAGCAAUAAAUAAGCUUACA